ACGUGCGGCGAAGGGGCGGAGCCAACGCGGAGGUUCCGCCUCUCUCCCGGUGGCGCUGCCAUGGAGGGGGGCGCGCGGUUGCGCGCGGGUGCCACCAAGUGGGAUGUCCGGCAGAAGGUAUGGGACCACCUGGAGGCCAGCGGCCUGGCCGAUUUCCCGCGGCCGGUGCACCGCCGCAUCCCCAACUUCAAGGGGUCUCACCAAACUUGCUGCUCUAUUAAAGAGCUGGAUGUGUUCAACAGAGCACGUGAGAUUAAAGUGGAUCCUGACAAACCUCUAGAAGGUGUUCGGCUGGCUGCGCUGCAGGCAAGGAAGACUUUGUUGGUUCCUACACCACGUCUGAGAACUGGACUGUUCAAUAAGAUCAUUCCACCUCCAGGUGCAACUAAGGAGAUCCUGCGAAUAUGUGCUACAUCUCAAGGUAUAAAAGAAUACAGUGUGCCUGUAGGUCUCGAUGGAAAAGCACGAGUGGACUUGGUUGUUGUAGGAUCAGUGGCUGUCUCUGAAAAAGGCUGGAGAAUUGGAAAAGGGGAAGGUUAUGCAGACAUGGAAUAUGCAAUGAUGGUGUCAAUGGGUGCAGUGCAGGAGGAUACACCUGUAGUUACUAUUGUACAUGACUGUCAGGUGCUUGACAUAGCAGAAGAGCUUCUUGACGAUCAUGAUGUAACUGUGGAUUAUAUACUCACUCCAACUAGAACUAUCAAGACUGAUUGCAAACGACCAAAACCGCAGGGAAUAUUAUGGCAUAAGGUCAGCUAUGAGAUGCUGGAAAAAAUCCCCAUCCUAAAAAGUCUUCGAUACAGAGAGAAGCAGGCUGGCAAGGAUGUUACCCUCAAAGAUGAACAUUCAGAUUUGGCAAAUGCCAACACACCAGCAGCGUCAAAUGAGAAGGCGACAGCUGAAAGCACAAGACCAAAGACUGCAAUAGGCUCAGCUCAAACAGGACAACAUCAUGUUGAAAGUGAUUCUUUAAGUCCCAGAUUAGAGGAAUCUAGCAUGAUUACUACUGUGUAUGUGGGGAACAUACCUCCCAGCGUAAGAGUGAGUGAGCUGAAAUGUGCUUUAAGGGAAUUCCAGGCAACUCCUUUACGACUGAAUUGGCAAGGAGCACAGCACAAGGCUUUUCUCGAUUACAAGGAUCAAGCGACCGCAGAGAGCGCCGUAUCCUCUUUGAAAGGCUUGAGCCUCGGGGGUAAGACGUUGCGAGUUGAGCUGGCCAAGAAUCAGAGAAGCAAAGGGUAUGGAGAAAUCAAAAGUCAUAAACUAAUAUGAAUAGAGGGGAAAAAAAAGGAGGCAUGGUUUUUAUUGUUUUGUGAGAAGCCAACCUACGUUUUCAAGGAUGUUAGCAUAUCCUCUGAUUUCUGCCAGCUAAACAAGGAAAUGCAAGGCCAACUUUGAGUAAAUGAGGUGUACAUCUCACAGCUGAGUUCCCUGCCUCAUUUCUGCAGUUGUGCAAGCCAAGUGGAUUUGUCCAGACAGAUGACAGAGGGGCCUUUUCCCUAGAGGGUAAUCCAUGAAGUACCCGCACUCUGUUUAUUUGUUUUUCAUUGGGUUGGUUUGCUCUUUGGUGCGUACAUUUGUUAGGCCUGGAUCAAAAACUUAUCCUUUGGUAGCUGUGUGCAGCCACGUGUAGUGAGGUGGUUGUAUUCUGUCAUCUAAAGGUUGUACCUGCAAAUUUGUACUCAUGAGAUUAAAAGCCAGCUGCAGAAAAUCUGUCAUAAGGGUUACAAUUCUGUUUACUAAAAAAAAAUGGGGUUUGCCUGUUGGGAGUUUUUGACAUGUUUUUCAUAAAAGUGGCUGAAGGGAGAGAUUGCUCUUUUUGUUUUGUGCUCUUGAAGAACAGCUGUGGAAAUGCUGGCUCAGCCACGAAGUUCUAGUAAUAGCUGUUAACAUCAGGUGGAAGGGAUGGUAGCCCCUUUCUCAGCUUUCUUUUGUUAAUUCAGCCCUUUGUAAACCUUGUAUUUUUUUAUUUCAAUCUAGCAGAGGAGAGAUGAGUUUUCUCCUCUGCUUUUCCCCAAAGCACUUCAGGUGCCUUUUUCAUGGAUGCAGAUAAUUAUAAAACAGAUGUUUUUUGCAAUUAUCUCGUCUCUUAUAAUUUGGUGUGACUCCAUUGUCUCUGUGCAAUUACAUUAAUAUUAAUCAUUGUAGUGGGAAGGAAAAGCAGACAGACCACAAUCAAACCUUGUGGGUGACUGGUCUGGUGUGGAGUUUUUGGAAGAGUUGCUGGAGAUUGUACCUCUUGUGCUUUUGUCAGCACCAAUGUUGUCUUCCUGCACCUACAACAUCAGGCAGUGCUGAGGGUCAGGCAACUUUUCAUUGUGAAAAUGCUGUCAAGUACUAGUUUGAACAGUAAGAAUUGCACACACAUGAACAGUCAGUUACAGUGUAAAGGAGAAUGAUGAUUCAUUUGGUACGGCUUUUAUUACAUUUUUUUUCCCCUUUGGUUUCCUAUUCCUGAAAAAGAAGUUGAAUUUUGGCUGAACCAUCCUUUCUAAACAGAAGCACUUUUGCCAUUGAUGCUGGGCACAUAGUCAAAGUAAGCAGCUAAAUGGAUAUUUUUUUAGGUAUGAGUUGGAAACUUUUUUUAGCCAGAGGGUACUGUUAAGUAUAUUUUAAGCACAUAAUUCUGCCUCAAGGGUCAGACAUUUCAUACAGUAUUAAGUAAAAAGUUCUCAUCAUUAUCAUGUUCUCUGUACAGAGGUGCUCAAGAAGAGCAUUGCUUCGACUUCUUGUAAGGUAAACAAAGGAAAGUUUCUGGAAAAAAAUUAGUGCUGAGCUCUAAAAUGCUCUCUUUUUCUCCAGCUCAAAGUUAUUUUCCAUAUCACAUAGUCUGAAUUAAAACAUAAGCACUACAAACUCCUCUGCAUCUUAUUUCAGUAGCUGUGCACUUCAAGGGUAAGAGUCAGGAGUUAUAUUACUACUUAAACAUACUCAUUACAUCAUGAGCUUAGAAAGGAGGGGAAAGGAAAAAAAAAAAUUAUACAUUACUGCCUUCCACUUCCAAAUAAUGGUAAGUUAAGUUAAGUAACAUGAUCAUUUGAUGUUCUUUUUGACUCUUGCAAUACUGCUUGCUGUGCUGAAGAUGCCCAAGUGGCCUUAGCAGUUAAAAAGCAGUUAUUCUGCCAGUGAAAACUUCCAGCAUUGAAAAUUAUUGCAUAAGAGAUGGAACCAGGGUUUUUUGGUCAAAUUGGUUGGAGUUUCAUCUUCUACCAUCUUUCCUUUCUAAACAUCUGAAGUUUCAGUGCAGAUACAUUUCUAUGUUAUGUGACACAUAAAUGUUUGCUUGCUUUGCUCUCAAUCCUGUGUGCAGUCAGUGUCUGGUGAGGGUUUUUUUGGAUAAACACAUCUAGAUCAGAUAUCUGCAGUUCUCUUUGAGCCUGUCACUUUUUUCCUGUCGUGUAUUGUGAGGUCCCAUUUCACCACACUACCUAAUAAAUAUCUCAUUACCUUCCAAUAGGCAAUUAACAAUCCAACCGCACUAUGGAGAAGAUGUUAACUAGUCCAAGGUAUGAAACUGUAGGUAGGCUCAGAGAAGAAAAAUAAUUACUGUAAGCUUAAGCUAAGCAUUUUGAAUGGACUGGAGUAAUAAUGUUUAUGCUAUGAUAACUGUAUUUCCAACUUCAGUAUUAAUUUUUCUUCUGGGUUAUUAAUAAACAGAAAGGUAUUUUGGGCCUUGCUAUCUUAAAGUCA